UCUCUUAGCGACGGACGCUUAAGAAGGAGGGAGAAGAAGAUGUCCGGUAGUGGUGCGGGCCGCUGGACCAGGAUGUAUCCCGCUGGCCGGAUCCUGUUCGACAACCGCCGCUGCUCAAGUUACCCCGUGGCGCCUGGCCGAUGGCCCGUGCGCGCCACCUUGCAUCCGAUUAAGGGUUCCGCGAGGGCCUUCAACGCAUCCUGCGGCCUGCCCUGCUUGAACCCGCGCUCGUCUCUACGGCAGCCAGCAACGCAAGCUAGGAGGAUGUACCGCCGGAGUGCCAACGCCAAUUUCACUGGCAGCGGCGCUGUUUCCACCUCUGCGAAGAACGUGGCAAUUACACGGCACUCACUGGUCACGGACAGCUUUCUGUUGCGGCCGACCGAGCGCAAGGCGACCUCGUACUGCACUCUGGCGCUUGUCGUCAUCUGCCUGACAUCCACGUGCGCCUUGAUCUCCACGCUGUUGGUGAAGUUGUCCUCCAGCAUCAUCUACGAUUACGACGUAGCUGGCGGCCGAACUCGCGAGCCAUCCUUGCGGCGGGAAACUGACGUGCAGGUCCCCGCGGAGAAUGCCAGCGGGCCAUAUUUAGAACGCCGGGAUCCCCACGGAAAACCAGGCAGGACGCACCACGAACGCAGGAGAUCGAAGGGUGCGCCUUUCUCGCGAACGGCGGGUUCCCGCCGUUCCCGGGAAGAGUCACCGUUGUUCAGCGCUGCAACCUCUUCGAAGGCCCUUCACCGGGCUUUAGGUGACAAAAUUGCAAGGGUUUCUAACGUGACGGCAAGGUCUGCCAUCGAGCACACGUCAGGCACGUACGUAAAGCAAGCAACGAAACCAAAUUCUCCCACAGCGGACCCUACUACAUACUUCUUGGAUUUGGCAACAUCUUCAGCGAUGGGACGUUACGACAGCUUGUCCACCACGGUAAUUUUCACCGACGCUUCAGUGGGGUCUAAACUCUCCUCCAAUCCACUCCUUAGCGAGGCCUCGAACAUCUCGAGAACUUCGCCAGCCACAAGUUUGCCGAAAGCUUUUUCAUCCCCGCAAACUUGCACCACAAGUGCGCCCUUGAUUUCCGCAGACACUGCGGGUUUCCCAGAAAAAGCGUGGCUCGUUGUUGAUGCGACCAAGGGCAGCGGGCCGGGUCGCAGCAAGACAGGUCAGCUGCAAUGGCAGCAAGCAUUCCAGGCAUAUCUGUCGGAAAAUGCAUCUCGUUAUACCACAAGCCCCGCAACGUAGUCCAGAGCGCACUUAAGAUACACUUGACUAAUGAAUUCCUCUCCGAGGGCACUUCAGUCACUUCCACGUAACGGGACGCUUCAUUUCAAGAACCACAAAGUCCCGAGAGGGCUAGCAUUGCUGAAGGCUCUUCAGAAGAGUACCCACUCAGUGUUUGCGAGCUCCAGCGUCUCCGGGAUUAAUAUUAGGCAAAAACAAUUUGACAAAAUGCAUGAUUUCAAUUAAACUCGCGAAUUCUCCAAUGAAUGUAUUAAAAAUAUGCAUUAAAAUA